UAGCUAAAUGGAAGCAAACUUUUCUUGUGUUAAGUGUGUUGAUGUUUCUGACAGUGUGGAGAAUUUACACAAAAAAGAGAGACGCAAGAGGAAGUCAAAAACCAUCAAGACCAGCUCAAGCCAAGAUCAGACUUCUCAGCUUAUUCGCAGUACCAGUCAGGCUGUAGUCCUCAGCGUUGCAGAGGAACCUGGUCAUGCUAAAGUCGAUGAUGGCUUCCAGGACUUAGUGGGAGAUUCGUCAGAAUGGGGUGUCAACUCUUUGAGCUGUGUCUCGAGUGUUGACUUCCUCCCAGCUACAGUCUGUGCCACAUCUGACUAUAGAGAUCCAGUCCGAGAUGUGGCAGACUCCAGUGUGGACGUCGGCCAAGACCCAGUGAGCACCACAUCAACUCACUGUGACGAGGCUGACUGUUGCAUUGAUGUCCCUCAAAUUCCAGUCUGUGUAGGCCGGUGCCGAUAUCAGAUGUUCAGGCCGCACAUCCCAGUGAGCACCACAGCAGCUCCAGUUCGAGAUGAGGCAGACUCCAGUGUGGACGUCCCCCAAGACCCAGUGAGCACCACAUCAACUCACUGUGACGAGGAUGACUGCUCCAUUGAUGUCCCUCAAAUUCCAGUCUGUGUAGGCCGGUGCCGGUAUCAAAUUUUCAGGCCGAACAUCCCAGUGAGCACCACAGCAGCUCCAGUCCGAGAUGUGGCAGACUCCAGUGUGGACGUCCCCCAAGACCCAGUGAGCACCACAUCAACUCACUGUGACGAGGAUGACUGCUCCAUUGAUGUCCCUCAAAUUCCAGUCUGUGUAGGCCGGUGCCGGUAUCAAAUUUUCAGGCCGAACAUCCCAGUGAGCACCACAGCAGCUCCAGUCCGAGAUGUGGCAGACUCCAGUGUGGACGUCCCCCAAGACCCAGUGAGCACCACAUCAACUCACUGUGACGAGGAUGACUGCUCCAUUGAUGUCCCUCAAAUUCCAGUCUGUGUAGGCCGGUGCCGGUAUCAAAUUUUCAGGCCGAACAUCCCAGUGAGCACCACAGCAGCUCCAGUCCGAGAUGUGGCAGACUCCAGUGUGGACGUCCCCCAAGACCCAGUGAGCACCACAUCAACUCACUGUGAUGAGGAUGACUGCUCCAUUGAUGUCCCUCAAAUUCCAGUCUGUGUAGGCCGGUGCCGGUAUCAAAUUUUCAGGCCGAACAUCCCAGUGAGCACCACAGCAGCUCCAGUCCGAGAUGUGGCAGACUCCAGUGUGGACGUUCCCCAAGACCCAGUGAGCACCACAGCAGCUCCAGUCCGAGAUGUGGCAGACUCCAGUGUGGACGUCCCCCAAGACCCAGUGAGCACCACAUCAACUCACUGUGACGAGGAUGACUGCUCCAUUGAUGUCCCUCAAAUUCCAGUCUGUGUAGGCCGGUGCCGGUAUCAAAUUUUCAGGCCGAACAUCCCAGUGAGCACCACAGCAGCUCCAGUCCGAGAUGUGGCAGACUCCAGUGUGGACGUCCCCCAAGACCCAGUGAGCACCACAUCAACUCACUGUGACGAGGAUGACUGCUUCAUUGAUGUCCCUCAAAUUCCAGUCUGUGUAGGCCAGUGCCUAUAUCAAAUUUUCAGGCCGAACAUCCCAGUGAGCACCACAGCAGCUCCAGUCCGAGAUGUGGCAGACUCCAGUGUGGACGUCCCCCAAGACCCAGUGAGCACCACAGCAGCUCCAGUCCGAGAUGUGGCAGACUCCAGUGUGGACGUCCCCCAAGACCCAGUGAGCACCACAUCAACUCACUGUGACGAGGAUGACUGCUUCAUUGAUGUCCCUCAAAUUCCAGUCUGUGUAGGCCAGUGCCGGUAUCAAAUUUUCAGGCCGAACAUCCCAGUGAGCACCACAGCAGCUCCAGUCCGAGAUGUGGCAGACUCCAGUGUGGACGUCCCCCAAGACCCAGUGAGCACCACAUCAACUCACUGUGAUGAGGAUGACUGCUCCAUUGAUGUCCCUCAAAUUCCAGUCUGUGUAGGCCGGUGCCGGUAUCAAAUUUUCAGGCCGAACAUCCCAGUGAGCACCACAGCAGCUCCAGUCCGAGAUGUGGCAGACUCCAGUGUGGACGUUCCCCAAGACCCAGUGAGCACCACAUCAACUCACUGUGACGAGGAUGACUGCUUCAUUGAUGUCCCUCAAAUUCCAGUCUGUGUAGGCCAGUGCCGGUAUCAAAUUUUCAGGCCGCACAUCCCAGUGAGCACCACAGCAGCUCCAGUCCGAGAUGUGGCAGACUCCAGUGUGGACGUCCCCCAAGACCCAGUGAGCACCACAUCAACUCACUGUGACGAGGAUGACUGUUGCAUUGAUGUCCCUCAAAUUCCAGUCUGUGUAGGCCAGUGCCGGUAUCAAAUUUUCAGGCCGCACAUCCCAGUGAGCACCACAGCAGCUCCAGUCCGAGAUGUGGCAGACUCCAGUGUGGACGUCCCCCAAGACCCAGUGAGCACCACAUCAACUCACUGUGAUGAGGAUGACUGUUGCAUUGAUGUCCCUCAAAUUCCAGUCAGUGUAGGCCAGUGCCGGUAUCAGAUUUUCAGGCUGCGAUUGACUGAUGGAGCUUUAAACUUUAAAAGCAUCAAGGUAAAUGAUAUUAUCACAAUAUUUUAA